GACGAUGCUGAUGCUGCGGCGAGGUGUUGCGCUCGGACGGGGACGGGGACGGGGCGUGUGGGGCGGAGUGUGUGGCGGGCGUAGGGUGCAUGUGCUCGACGGGCAUGAGGUGGAGGCGACUCAGGCCGUGGCCCCGUUGGCCUCGCUGGUGACGGCGGAGCAAGUGCUAGCGCUCGAGACUCCGCCGCUGCUCCUCGACGCAUCGUGGUACCUCUCGCCAGGUGCGGGCGAAUCGGGAUGGGCGGAUUUUAUGCGGCGGCGGGUGAGGGCGCCAAAGUCGGAGCCGACCGAUGCGCGAGAUGCCAUGGCCAAUGCCGCUGGCGCGCAAGGCGCCGUCGAUGGCACGUACUUUGUCGACAUUGAUGCCGUGGCCGACUCGUCGGCCGGCUUGCCGCACUCGAUGCCGACCCAGGAGGUGGUGACCACAGCUCUGGCCAAGUUUGGUCUCACCCCGUACAACGCGCCCGGCUCGCACAUUGUGGUCUACGACUCGGAAGGCUGCGUCCACUCGCCGCGGGUUUGGUGGAUGCUCCGCGCCUUUGGCAUCCGCAACGUCUCGGUCCUCGCCGAGUCGGUCGACGCGCUCGAGCCGCCGCUCCGCGACGAUCAUCCGCUCGACGCUGAGGCGUACAUGUUGCGGCUGACGUCCAACGCGACGGCUGUCAACGCGUUUGCGCCGUACUGCGAGUUUGAGCUCGAUCCGACGUGGAUCGCGCCGCUGAGCGAGGUGGAGGAGCUUGCUACUGCCGCCGCGCCCGGCCCGACGACCCGGUUGUGGUCGACGUCCGGGCCGCCGGCCGGUUCGACGGCACUACGCCCGAGCCGCGCCCCGGCAUGCCUCCUCGAGCCGGGCGUAGCCGGAACGACCCGGCUCCGCUCGCCCGAGGUGCUCGCUGAGACCAUUGCGGCUGCGGUCGGCGAUCGCGGCGGCGCGCCCGUCAUCGCCUCGUGCGGCUCGGGCGUGACUGCGUGCGUCCUCGCCCUUGCCGCGCAAGUCGCCCGCGAGGCCGGCCUCCCGGCACCGUCGGUCCGAGUCUACGAUGGCUCAUGGUCCGAGUGGGGCCAGGACUGGGGCUCGCCCGCCGCCAACAACGCCCAUCCGGUGGUGACCUCGAGCUAG